AUGAUGAAACAACGAACACCUUUCUCACGCAAAGAAAAUCACUCUGCUAAUGUUAGGCAUAAGGAUAAAACUGUAAACUUAACGCUUUGGGAUACGGCUGGGCAGGAGGAUGUCAUUCAGGACUAUGAUAAAUUACGUCCUUUGAGUUAUCCCGAUACAAACGUGUUUGUAAUCGCUUUCUCUGUUGUUAGUAGAACAUCAUUGGAAAAUGCACAGGGCAAGUGGUAUCCAGAGAUUUCAUUGCAUUCGCCAAACACUCCGUUUGUUCUUGUGGGUACAAAAAUUGACCUCCGUGAUGAUAUGAAAGAAGUUGAAAAGCUUAAAAGAGAGGGUACGGAACCAAUAACUAGGAAAGAAGGAGAAGAAAUGGCCAAGAAAAUGAAAGCAUAUGACUUUUGUGAGUGCAGUGCUAAAAACAAAACUGGAUUGAAAGAAGUUUUUGCAACAGUCAUCGAGGCAUAUAUUAAUCCAAAAAAGACCAAGGAAGGAGGUUCACGAUCUAGUUGUCAGCUCAUCUAA